UUCCCCCACCCCUGCGGAUCCUGGCUCUUCCGCGACUAUCUUGCGUUAGCCCCGUCGGUCCUCAACUUGUGCCCUGCCUCCUCCGCAUCCCUGCUUGAGCACCUCCUCUUGACGGGGGUUUCAAACCUCCUUCUCCCUCUUCGUCCAGGAUCGGAUCACAGGCAGAUUACCAUCAAUCUCUCGAGUUUUCCUCAAGUACAACAUGGGUGUGAAAUGGGUUGUCGCUAUGUGCGCAGUCCUGGCAUGGAUCCCCGUGUCUCAGGGCUUCACAAACGGUGCUAUCAGGUUCGGCACAAGUUUGGAUACAGCAGGGAGACGUGGAAGCUGUGCCGUGCAGCGUUCUCCCAUGCCGCUGAGAAUGGCGGAGAAUGAUCCCCUCGUUGGCGAUUUCAAGGUUGGAGACAAGGUCAAGCUCGUGAACGACCUCACGGUCUACCACGUCCUUGCACAGCAGUAUCCGGACGGAUACGUCGUUGCCAAGGGGACAGAGGGAGAGGUGAAGGCAAUCGUGACGGAGAAGUACAAGCAGUCGACCGCAAACCGCCCGAUCCAAGUUGCGUUCAAAGAACCCAAACCGUUUGUUAUCCACUUUGAAGCGGAUGAAAUUACGAAAGCUUGAAUGGCACGGGAAAUUCAACUUUGUCCUGACGUCUUGUUAUUGAUUGCUGCUUCAAAUACAUCUCUCCUCCUCCU